GUGUGUGUUGUGUGUCUGUGUACGUGUGCGUUUCCUCAACAUUUCCCAUGUGCUUCGGGUGUAUGUUGGGUGAUUGAAAAGAGCAAGCGGUCUGGUUGCGUGGAAACGUCCCGUCGUUGCGUCGUCGUUGUGCAAAAUCAAUUUGUCCGUAUCCUUUCAACUGCUGUGCUGUGUUGUAUUGUGUGGUGUUUUUGAAUGCUGUGAACAGUUCUAUGUGAAAACGCACCAGUGUGUGUGGAGUGGAGUUUAAAAAGGAUCGCUUUGCUUUGAAGAGAAACAGUGACGCGCGGCCUGUGUGUGAAACGGGAGUUUUGGUUGUGAAUUUUGCAACCUAAUUUUCCAUUCCAUAGGUGAGCAGAAAGAAAUUUUAAUUCACGGGUGAAAGAAGAAAGUAGCUUCCACGCUAGACAGGUUUGCCCGGCGGGGGUGUACUGUUGCGAUAAAGACGUUUCGAAACGGAACAACAACAGCAAGAAAAGCCAUCAUCAUCAUCGGAAACGUCAUCAAUAGUUAAGUCGUCAUGUAGCCCGGGUGUGGACAUGGCAAGCUACGGGAAGGCCUAAAUCCUCUCCAAACGGAUACACGCGUGAAUAUUGCAAUACUUCUUACCACUAACUCAACAAAACAUCGUGUGAUCGAUCGUGUGAGCUCCUCCACCGUACCAUUACAUUAGAACGCACCGCAAGUGUACGUUCUCUGCACAUUUAGUGUCACGAUUGCAUUUGGUGUGGGCGCGCGUGUGUUGUGUAUGUCCAUCUGAUCAGCUGAAGACGUCCUCAUCGAUAGUGCACUGCAGCUGCUCGGUCCCGUGUGCGUGUUUUGUGUGUAUGAGGUGACGUCUUAAUUUCGGUGUCAUCAUCGUGGGAUCAUCUGAUCAUCUCAUUUAUUGUCCUCCCCUUUCUUUGUCGGGGAUUCACUGCUAAAAAAAACGUAACCAAAACAUAGAACUCAUCGUGUGUCUGUUUAUGUUCGUUGCUUGUAUACGUUACGGUGAUCAUCUAGCGAAAGCUUGCAAAAAUCCAGUUGUGCAUAUUAGCUAUAGGGUAAUAACGAAACGAUAACAACAAGGCGCAUGCGGCGUGUUUCGAAGUGUACGCGCACUAUUUAAGUUGUAUUAAUUUAUAGUAGGAAAAGACGUAUGCGAAGAACGUUCUUAAGUUUAUUAGUGAAUUUGAUCAUGAUAUAAGGAAGAUUGCAGAAAAAUUGGCAUUCUGAUAAGUUAAACCAAGCAAACCAGUCACGAAAAUUCACGAAAAACAUCACAUAUUGUGUUUGUGUAUGUAGUAUCGGGGAACGUGUAUAAAGUUUAGAGCAAGUUAAAAAAGGAACGUGUACGUUCCGUACGACAAAAUGUUCAUCGAAGAAGACAUUAACAUGGAAAGCGCCUGGGUGCAGACGGCCAUCGGUGCGAUCAAGAUCAUCACGAUGGUGUACGAUAUCAUCACGAUGCCGAUCUACCUGGCCAUCCAGCGACCAUGGAAGCGUAAGCAGCUUGCCCGAAGAGUAAAGGCUAAGAUCAUUCAGCAGGACAGCAGCUCGAUUACGUACCGGACGGUCGAUUCACCCGGCGAAAUGCACGUGAAGAUGCUGCAAAACAACAUCGACACGCUCGAGCGGAUGUUCAACUUCGUCACGAAGGUGCACACCACCAAGCGGUGCAUCGGUACGCGCCAGAUCCUCGGCGAAGAGGACGAGAUGCAACCGAACGGACGGAUGUUCAAGAAGUUCCGCAUGGGCGACUACGUGUGGCGCAACUUCAUCGAAACUGAGCAUGCGGCGGCCUGCUUCGGCCGCGGUCUACGCGAACUUGGCCAGCAGCCUAAGCAGAACAUCGUCAUCUUUGCCGAAACGCGCGCCGAAUGGAUGAUUGCGGCGCACGGUUGCUUCAAGCAGAACAUGCCGGUGGUGACGAUCUACGCGACGCUCGGUGAUGACGGUGUGGCGCACGGUAUUAACGAGACGGAGGUAACGACCGUGAUUACGUCCCAUGAGCUGCUGCCAAAGUUUAAAAGCGUGCUGAACGUAACACCGAACGUGAAGAAGAUCAUCUUCAUGGAAGAUCAGCUGCAUCCGACCGAGACGACCGGGUUCAAGGAAGGUGUGGAAAUUAUUCCCUUCAGCAAGGUUAUCGAAGUUGGCAACAAGAGCACGAUCGCUGGAUCCCCACCGUCAGCGGACGAUACCGCCAUUAUCAUGUACACAUCCGGUUCGACAGGAACGCCCAAGGGUGUGUUGCUAUCGCACGCCAACUGUAUCGGCACGAUGAAGAACUUCUGUGAUAUCUUCAAGAUCUAUCCGGAUGAUGUGUUGAUCGGAUUCUUACCGUUGGCGCACGUGUUCGAGCUGCUGGCGGAGAGUGUCUGUCUGCUCACUGGCGUACCGAUCGGCUACUCGACACCACUCACACUGAUCGACUCGAGCAGCAAGGUGAUGAAGGGCUGCAAGGGUGAUGCGUCGGUGCUACGACCAACCUGCAUGACUUCCGUACCGCUCAUUCUGGAUCGAAUUUCGAAAGGCAUCAACGACAAGGUAAACGCAGAAACGCCGAUGAAGAAAGCUUUCUUCAAGUUCGCUUACAAUUACAAAUCAAAGUGGACGGCUCGAGGCUACCAGACGCCGCUUAUGGACAAGAUUCUCUUCAAGAAGAUCGCUAAAUUGCUCGGAGGUCGUAUUCGCAGUGUACUUUCCGGUGGUGCACCGCUGGCACCGGAUACUCACGAACAGAUUAAGCUUUGUCUGUGUGUUGACGUGAUCCAGGGUUACGGUCUAACAGAAACUACAGCCGGAGCAGCUGUAAUGGACAAAUGGGACAUGGAGUAUAGUCGUGUUGGUGCGCCCUCGUCAAGUAAUGACAUCCGGUUGAUUAACUGGGAGGAAGGUAAUUAUCGCGUCACGAACAAACCGUUCCCGCAGGGUGAGAUCGUUGUCGGUGGUACAACCGUAUCGAAGGGUUACUACAAGCUGCCCGGCAAAACGCAGGAAGACUUCUUCGAGGAGGACGGUCAGCGAUGGUUCCGUACCGGUGACGUGGGCGAAGUCCAUCCCGAUGGUGCGCUUAAGAUUAUUGAUCGUAAGAAGGAUUUGGUGAAGCUACAGGCCGGUGAAUAUGUGUCGUUGGGUAAGGUCGAAUCGGAGCUGAAAACGUGCCCGGUUGUGGAAAAUAUUUGUGUGUACGGUGACUCGACGAAGCAGUUCACUGUUGCGCUGGUUGUGCCGAAUCCGAAGCAUCUGGAAGAGAUUGCCGAACGGUUGGAAAUUCGUGGCGUCGAGUUUGAGGACCUGUGCGAUAACAAGAAGGUCGAAAAGGCCGUCCUACAGGAGUUGGCCGAACAUGGCCGUAAAUGCAAACUACAUCGUAGUGAAAUUCCUGCCGCCGUACAUCUGUGCAAGGAUAUCUGGACGCCCGACAUGGGUCUGGUGACGGCCGCUUUCAAGCUGAAGCGCAAAGACAUCCAGGAGCGAUAUCAGGCCGAAAUCAACAAGAUGUACGCGUCGUAGAUGCGUUAGUGCCGGCUAGUGCACUAACAAUCCACUAUUUCCCAACACAUGCAAACAGAUGCGGGCCUACAAACCCAUACACACAUACCAAGAGAAGAAGCGCGCUUUUGUACGUAAGGCUGUAGAAAUCAUUCACAUACAAAACGAGAACGUUAAACAAAGGGAGCUACAAUAGGGAAGCACAGAGCGCAUGUGUGCGAUCGAUGAUCGUGUGCGCGUGCUUUGUUGUGCAUUGGAUUCGAUCUCUCUCGGUGGCUGGAAAGUGACCAUACUCUCGUGCUCCUUUCACUGCAGACAAACAGACAUUCAUAUACAUUGGUUCAAUUAGCUUGCCGGGAUGAAUGGCACUAAGGAUACAGCUGGCGCUGGCCGUUGAAGCAAAAGAGUCCUCUUAACAAAGUGAGCGAGAAACCAAGAACCAUCCACACAUACCAUUGAUGGAAAGGAAUUGCAUUCGAGAAAUGAAUAGGGCGCUUGAAAGUUGCCAGAAAGAAAAAGAUGGCUAGGCAAGAGAGAUACAUAGAGAGAAAGAGAGAGAGAGAGAGAGAGAGAGAGAGAGAGAGAGAGAGAGAGAGAGAGAGAGCAUGUUGUACGUAAGAUGAAGUUUUCAUUCAUCUGGUUAGUAAUACCAUUGCUAACAUGUGGCUAGUCGUAGUUGGAGAGUUGAUUGAAUUUAUUGUUUGUUUUCGUUAUGUUAUACAUAUAUAUUUCUAACCGUCUUUAAUUUUCUUCUGUACUUGGUUAGCAAUAGUUUAGUAGUGUUGUAUUUUUAAUACGGCACCUACCCGUACACCUCUAUUUUGUUGGUGUGCGUGGUGUGUGCGUGAGAGAAAAAAACAAUCACGCGAAAUAAGAACAAAUGUGGAAAGAUUCGAGUACUCGUUUCAGUGUAUGUUCCUUCGUUUUACAUUCGCUUUCUUUACACCUGGUUCACAUUCGCCCUCCGGGUGUUGAAGAUCAAUCGAAUAGUUGUUCUAAAGAACAGAUAUGUGUUUUUUUUGCAUAAUUUGAUUAGUUUGGUUAGUUUUAAAAAGAGACCUUCGCGGUGAUCUAAAUGAACGUGCCACCGGAUCGGAUGAUGGCGGGUGGUCGUAAAGGACACGCGAAUCUGGAAAAAAGGAUACGAUGGAUGGCACGGAUUCGUUUCACCUCGCUAGAUAAGCAAACGAUGCGCUGCUACAGCACCGUACAUGGGACUGUUUCAAGGGUUGGGGUUUGUAUAGGCAGGGUAGAUAGAAAGACUUUAUUCAAAACAAAACUAAAAAAAAGCGAACAUAUUCCAAGCGAACGCGAUUGGAAUCCGUUUCGAACAACCAUGUUAGGGUGUGCAUUGCCGAGAUGCAAAUUUACAUUGCUCUACUAUAGAGCGAUAAACGAUACACGUAAGCGAAUAGUGUUUAAUAAAGUAGUAAAUUCAUGAACGAUCAA